GCAUAAUGUUGUAAAACGUAUUCUCCCUCUCUUCCCCAAAAAAGUUGCGCGUAAGCUCUUCCUCAUUCCCCGUCCUCCCUCACUCCUCCAGGUACACGCCCUUUGACUUGUCAGGGGGAAAAGUUUGAAGAAAAAAAAAAGGCAAAUCACGGAAGAGGUUCAGCUUCUCCUACUUGUUCAGCAACUCAUCUGCUCUCAAAGUAGCGCGGCCAGGCGGACAAGAUCAAAAAGCCAACAUACUAGAACACAUCUGUACCACUUCUCUCUCUCUCCUCGCAAACGUUAUACGAACCAGAAGUCAUGGAGGAUGCUAUUAAGACAGUGGUAAAGGUCUUCGUGAAGUCGGCCAAGGGCGGUGACAGCAUGGGCGGCAAGGACUUCGACAACCUGGUGAAGAAGCAGCUGGGCAAUGUGCUGACGGACACAGACUCCAAGGGGGCGCUAAAGGAGAUGCGCAAGGGCCUGGACGAGAACCAGGACGGCAAGGUGAGCUUCGAGGAGUACAUGACGCUCAUCGGCUACCUGGCCAACUCCAUGAGCGAGGCCAAGACCAAGGAGAAGGCUGAGGCACCCAAGAGCGAAGCGGCCCGUCACCAACAGCGCCCCAGCCCAGGAGAACAACUCGGCGGCGGGGCCCGCGGCGGUGGCGCUGGUGGUGGAGCCUCCCAAGGUGGAGGUGAAGCCGGUGGAGGUGGCGCUGCCCGAGCCGGUGGCGUCGGCGGUGUCCGCGGCGGCGGCGGCGGUCGGGGUGGUGGUGGAGGAGGCGGAGCCAAAGGAGAGCGUCGACGGGGCGCUUGCCGCGGCCACGGCCGCCAUGUCCGUGGCCAAGGGAGAGGUGAAGGACGAGGACGCGACUUCAUAGGGCGAGCGAGGGCGGCGUGCGUUCCCCUCACCCGGUCUUCACGCGACGACGACGACAGCAUCACGGCCGGCAAACACACACACACACACAGACGCACACACACAAAGACACAGACACAUGCAAACACACACUACACGUCUAACACCACACUGCAUUGAAAAGUGAGAAAAGGAAGCGUGCCAAAAUGUUUUGUUUCAACUACAAUUAUGAUCCUGAGUUCAUAACGCUAAACCCUUGCCUAACCUUAAGUCCCAAGUAAGACUAUUUCUUAUAAUUUCUAUCGGAAAAAGAACUCCUGCGUUAGUCUCAUAACAUUCCUCAGUGCUUGCCACUAUGCUCUGUUGGUUUGUCCCGUUCGAUAGUGUGCUUACGUCAAUGUGAAGCGAGAUACAUAUCAGGCAUUGGCUGAGAUACGUGACCCGUGUUCAAUCCUUUACAGCAAACCAUGCCACUUUGUGUCACUACAGUGUUAUGCUGACACACACCCUUUUUUUUUUACCCGACCACUGUGUGUUAAUGCUUGGGAUACACUACGACUCACCACUAAACAAAGGGACUCCAUCCACUUUGCUUUACCCCCCUCUUCCUCUCUCUUUCUCUCUCUCUCUCUCUCUCUCUCUCUCUCUCUCUCUUUCUCUCUCUCUCUCUCUCUCUCUCUCUCUCUCUCUCUCUCUCUCUCUCUCGCUCUCUCUCUCUCUCUCUCGCUCACUCUCUCUCUCACUCCCUCUGUCUCUCUCCCUCUCUCUCCCUCUAUGUCUGUGUAGGGCCCUCACCUCUCCCUUGGGUCUUGUGACUCUGGGGUCGUCUCAUUAUAGGGUUAACGCAUUAGUAAGCAUCGGAACAGUACACCUCGUUUGCCGCUAAUGGCAGGCAGUGUGCAAAACGGUGCUUCACUCGCAGCGCAAUUUACACCCUCUUUCUCUCUUUUUCUCUCUCUCUCUCCUUCCAUCUUUCUUUCCCUCUCUCUCUCGUUUCCUCUCUCACUCUAUAUAUAUAUAUAUAUAUAUAUAUAUAUAUAUAUAUAUAUAUAUAUGCAUGAUUUCAGACGUAACCGGCUGGGACUGGGAAAUGCAAGAUCAGGUGUAGGAUUCUGGAUUAAUAAUUAAGGAGCGUGGCGGUAAUCCACACCGGGAGAGGACCUGUACGGUCAUAGGGGAGCCCAAAAUAACCUCGGGGGACAAGUCUGGCAAAGGGGAACAAACAAACACAAUUAAACUGGAAAGGGAGGUUGUUCGAUUCUGUUUUGUUCUCCAUUUUGUUUACUAUUCUGUUAUGACAUUAUUUUUUUAUAAAGGUUUGAAACGAUCCACUAAAACUAGCGCGCCGGCUGCUGCAUCACGCAGUUUCCAAUUCGGCAGGGUUGCGUGUGUUUUUUUAACUUUUGGUCACGCCCUUAUUUUGGCGGAGGGACCCUGUUUGACCCGCCUGGCGACACCUGUCAGAGUUUACAAAUCCCCGGUGGAUUAGGCGUUUGGUUGGCGAACACGCCCUCCAGCUCAAACAAUUACAUGAAAGUAAUCCGGUGUCUCUGGUGACCCUGCCCUUUACAGAUCACCACUCUGUCACCGGGGACGACGACAUAUCAUAUCGUACCCACCAAUCAGACAUCAAUCUCCAGCAUAUCUCUAACACGCUAUUGCACACUAUAUUGCUAUCAGUAACCGGCAGAUUAUAACCAUUGUAUUAUUAAAAUAGUGGUCCCUUUUCAAGCAGUACGCUGCCAUGACUCAGUGGUAUCCCUCUUAUUGAACUUUUCUAAUCUAAUAUAAGAAACCUAUCUAUUUUUAACAUAUUGUCCUAACCUUGACCACUAUGGAGAUUACUUGAAGUCUCUGCAAAAUUGGAAACAUUCUUAUUUGUCCUGUUAUAAGCAAAUCAUUUGUUAAUUAGAGCCUAAUGAUUUGUAAAUUGUCUGGUCGUGAAUAAUGCAGGCUUGGGGAGAGAGAGAAAGAGAGGGAGAGAGAGGCUCAUGUUGCACACGGCUGUGUGGCCCGCCACUAAGGCCACGUUUUGGACCUUGCGCCUUGUGCAUUAUCAUAUCAGCAGCACCAAGCACAUUGAAUAUCUUAGCGGCCAAACAGGCAGGACAAAUUCAACCCAACUCCUGUGAGUCACACACUGUGGCGCUGGGACACACCUAUUGUAAAUACGCUCUCAUCAACAUUGCUCGGCCCAUUUUGUUUUCUUGUCCAAAUAGACCACAUUCAUUGACCCGCACUGCAGUUUAAACGUACAAAAGAGCUCAAAUUUGGACAUUACAGUCACUACGCCUAUGUUAUUUACUUAACGUUACAUUUUAUGUCUCUUGACUAACGUGUACUCUCUUGUUUUUAUUCUGUUCAUUUAGUUCAGUUUUAAUAAUAUCAGUUCUCUUUUCAUGGUACUAGAAUACUACAGAGGCCCCAGUCUCUGACUGUCUGCAGUUAGUCGCCUACUAUGCGUGAAGGAUCAUUUUGCAUCUUGUGUGUCUGCGCUGGCACUCAGCAUAUCUUUGAAACUCUAAUAACCUAUAUGAUAGACAUGCACCUGAACACUGACUUCACCGCCGCAACUCAACUGACAAAUCCAUGAAAAGUGUGACAUAUGGUGAUGGGAUUUAGUGAAAGGCACACCCUCUGUGUUCAACUGAAUAUUUGGAUCAACCCUCACUGCCCCCGCCCAAAAUAUAAUAUAAAUAUAAAUUAACUUGUUUUUCGACUUGCGUGGAACUUGGCGGACUUAACUACAGGCCUCUGUACACAGACCGACUGACUCCCUGCCAAACACACAACGAAUAUACAUCCUUAGAGAUUUCAACACACAAUCCGAGUGUAGAAAUGAGAAUAACUUCAGAACUUUGUUAUGUGUAUGUGCAUCCAGUUGAUUGGCUGAUAGCAUAAACAAUGGAUGCAUGCUUUGGUAGCAGGUCAGUGAGUAUGUAAUGUUGUGCAUCGUGUAUGAGUUUAUUCGACUCACCUACAGUGCCUUAAACAGUGGAGCAGUGUGCGUUUUUACUUUUAAUUUGUGUUAUUCUUAUGUAAAACUGCCAUGUUCAGCAAUGGAAAACGCCAUGCAAUCCACAUUUUAGAGUUAUCCUAAAUGCUUUAUCAUUAUUGCAUUGUCUUUGUAACCAAUAUGUGUACUAUUCAAUAAUAAAUAAAUAAAAAACUGUGACUCUA